GCGCCCGCUGCCGCCGCCCCGGCCCCCGCCGCCAAGAAGCCCAAGAAGGCGGCGGGCGGUUCCAAAGCCCGCAAGCCGGCGGGCCCCAGCGUCACCGAGCUGAUCACCAAGGCCGUGUCCGCUUCCAAGGAGCGCAAGGGGCUCUCGCUCGCCGCUCUCAAGAAGGCGCUGGCCGCCGGCGGCUACGACGUGGAGAAGAACAACAGCCGCAUCAAGCUGGGGCUCAAGAGCUUGGUCAGCAAGGGUACCUUGGUGCAGACUAAGGGUAUUGGUGCGUCUGGAUCUUUUCGCCUUAGUAAGAAACCCGGUGAAGUAAAAGAAAAAGCGCCCAAGAAGCGGGCAGCCGCCGCCAAGCCCAAGAAGCCGGCGGCCAAGAAGCCCGCCGGCGCCGCCAAGAAGCCCAAGAAAGCGGUGACAGCGAAGAAGAGCCCCAAGAAAGCGAAGAAGCCGGCGGUCGCCGCGGCCAAGAAAGCGGCCAAGAGCCCCAAGAAGGCGACCAAGGCUGCCAAGCCCAAAAAAGCGGCGGCAGCGGCGAAGAGCCCGGCCAAGGCGAAGGCGGUGAAGCCCAAAGCAGCCAAGCCCAAGGCGGCCAAGCCCAAAGCGGCUAAGGCGAAGAAGGCGGCGCCCAAGAAGAAGUAA